AACACCUGCUGCACUCUCAGGCUACUUAUACAUAGCUCUGGAACUCGGUUAUUGUUGCAAUCUCUUGUUAUUUAAACUGGUGUUCAUUUAUUCACAAGCCUGGAUUCAAUUUCCCUAGUACUCCUUCCUGUGUUAUAAACUGUAACCGAAGUUGCCCCACAUCGUGAUUAGCAUUAUUGUGGGUCCUUAUUUACGAGUAUUUGUUCCAAGGCAGAUAACCAAUCGCGUUUCCUCGGUGUCGAACUUUACGAUCAUCCUCCCUCUCGGCUCAACCAUGGUUGCUCCUCAGAACUUUCUCGAUUUCAUCGACAAGAACCAGGAUAAGUUCAUUGACCGAUUGGCAGAGGCCGUAGCUAUUCCGAGUAUAAGCGGAGAUGCAUCUAGGCGAGAGGAUGUCAAGAAAAUGGCGAGCUGGUUGGAAGCACAGCUGAACAAGUACGGUGUCAAGACUCAACAGGUUCCUUUGGGUCAACAACACCUCGAAGGAAAGACUUUAGACCUGCCUCCGGCCAUCCUCGGACGUAUUGGCGAUGAUCCGAAUAAGAAGACCGUUCUUGUUUACGGCCACUUUGAUGUCCAACCUGCGAACAAGAGCGACGGAUGGGACACGGAGCCUUUCAAGCUGCAUGUUGACAAGCGGACAGGCAAGAUGUUCGGACGAGGUGCAACAGACGACAAAGGGCCUAUUCUUGGCUGGCUCAAUGUUCUCGAAACACAUCAUACACUGGGGCUCGCAUUACCUGUCAACAUGGUCUUCUGUUUUGAGGGAAUGGAAGAGAGUGGAAGCGAGGGCUUGGAUGAGCUCAUAGCGACCGAGGCUCAGAAAGGAAAGCAAGGCUGGUUUGGCGAUGUGGACUGCGUCUGUAUUUCAGACAACUACUGGCUUAACACCCGUACUCCUUGUGUGACCUAUGGCCUCCGUGGCAUUGCCUACUAUCAAAUCACCAUAUCUGGUCCCGGUUCUGACUUGCACUCUGGUAUCUAUGGCGGCGCUGUUUUCGAGCCAAUGACUGCUCUUAUCACAUUGAUGAGCAAGCUUGUGGCUAUCGACGGCCACAUUCUCAUUCCGGGUGUCUAUGAUGGUGUUUCCGCAGCAGACGCUGACGAAUUGAAACGGUACAGCGAGCUUGAUUACGGUGUCAACGACCUCGAAUCUGCUGCCGGUGGUCCCGUUGCUAACUCAGAUGACAAAGUGACCGUGCUCAUGGCGCGCUCACGUAACCCGUCACUUUCCUUGCACGGUAUUGAAGGUGCAUUCUCCGGUGGAGGUGCGAAGACCGUCAUCCCUGCUACCGUGUCUGGGAAGUUCAGUUUGAGACUUGUUCCGCCUCAAACCCCUGAGGACAUCACCAAGAAGGUCAUCUCCUACAUCGAGUCUGAGUUCGCCAAGCUUGGGACGAAGAACACGUGCAAGGUUGAGUUCCUCCAUGGUGGCAAGCCUUGGGUCGCAGAUGCCAGCCACUGGAGCUACGAGGCUGCCAAGCAAGCCACCGAGGCUGUAUAUCUUACCACUCCCAACUAUACCCGCGAAGGAGGGUCCAUUCCGGUUACACUUACCUUCGCUGACAACCUGGGCGUUAACGUUUUGCUGCUUCCUAUGGGCCGCGCUGAUGACGGAGCUCACUCCACUAACGAGAAGAUGGACAUUUCAAACUUCAUCAAAGGAAGCAAGCUGUUAGGUACCUAUCUAUACGAGUUAGCCGACAUUACCUUGAAGAAAGCAUAAGAUAUGAUACUAUAGAACAACUGAAGAAACUGGAGACAUUAAAAGAGACAAUUGUAGCUGUAUCCGUGCCUGCAUACUUGUACUUCUUAACAAUGGGUGAUUUGUAUCAAAUGUAACAUUGGGUAUCCCGCAAAAGCGCACCUUCGACAUCAAAGUAAUCAUAGCAACACAACAGAGCAAAAAUGGAUGACUACAGAAAACACUCUCUAAACUACGGAUAUACAACUAGUGGUCCAAAUUAUAAUCGUACAAUAUGAUCAUGUCCCUUCCGAUAAAUCAACCUGGGGUCCUUGUCGGCAUACCCUUCCUACGAUUGAAGCCCCUAGAUGCACCCGCCUUAUUCUGAGAUGGAUUAGAAGGAUCUUGCAUUGGCUGAUCUGGCCCUACAGGAUUCCGAAUGAUUGUAGCUGCCGUGGUACGUUGCGUCUGCAAGCUAACUAACGAUGAACUGGGUGAGGCUCUCCGCGACCUAUCGCUGUCACUAGUAGAGUCGGCCGCAGACUUGGUCGAU